CUAAAUUUUGCUCGAAAAUAACAUUUAGAAUCGAGAAAUUAUAUUAUAUUAAUUAAACGAAACUGCAUAAUUUUAAAUAUUCAAUGAUUCUAAUUCAACGAACAAGAUUGAACCGUAUACCAUUCCCUUUGAUAUCAUUUCAAUGAAAAUCGAUAGAGAUAAGACGUACUAAUUUAACGGACACUGAACAAGCAUUAUUCUGCUCGAAUUAUUUUAAUAUGUAUCGAUUAGAAGGAGGAAGAGACAUCGAUCUCUCGAACGCGAUAGAAAAUAAUAUUUCGUGAGUACAUCCGCCCUAACCUUUAUCUUGCUUACGUUUCCCUAUCUGACGAAUAGUCGCAUGAAAAAUGUGCGCGCUUUGAUCCCAUCCACGAAACGUAACGUCAAAGACGCACGCGUAUAUCCAUUACUUUACAUGGCCCUACGGCAAAGAGGCAUUGCAGCAAGUAACGUUUCGCCGCUAAUGCGACUCCCCCGAUAGAUACCGAAUCUUGGAGGUUAUAAAAAUUCCAACAAACAAGCGAGGUACAGAGAGACGUUGUAAAUAGUAACUCGUCAAUGAAACUCGUCAUAAAUUCAAACUAUACACGAACAGCAGAGAUAGGUUUAUCUCCUCUUACAAGUAUCGAGAUGGUAGAAAUAUUCGAAAGAGAAAGAAAGAAAUUAAUUCCAGCGAGAGGAAAGGAUACAUCAUGCAUCGUGUAUCGAUCGAUAAUAGUAAACGAAACGAACGAUCAUAAUCGUGGAAGGGAAAUGGUAGACGUUUCUUCCCCGGCGGGAAGAAAAACGAGAGGCAUAUCCCAAUGAGAGAGAGCCGAGUCAUCGCACUUGCCGAGUGCCUCUUAUCUUCCCGGCUGGUGGAAGUUCUGGUUGUAGGUUAGAGACACUCGUUGGUCGUGGAGGAGAGCGAGAUCGAAUCGAUCGAUCGACGACUUUCGAAGGGUGCCUCUACUCGAGUUUUCCUGACCUAAGAACACAGAGGCCUGGUGUAGAGUGGCGUUGGAACGGGGUGGAGUGGGCUCUAACGCAGAAUGGGCCACCGGAGAGUGGGAGGGGGAGGGGGAGGGGGAGAGAUAUUCGAGCAAGAGAAUCUCACGAUCCCCUCUCGAGCAUCCUUCUCCCCUUCUGCCAUGCGACAACCACGAUGACUGCAGAUUUGUCUUUUCUUUCUCCCUUAUCGCCCACGACACGCGUCCCUUUCCCCUCGUUGUUCCGGCUUUCUCGAAUCGACGUGAUGGCUAAUUAAAAGUCCAAAGACUCGGAUCGAUCGAAUCGCGGUGUGUCUCCUUCUUAUCGUCGAGACAGGACAUCUUCUCUCUCUCUCUCUCUCUCUUCGCUCGCAAAGUUCGUUGCUUUCGUUUCGAGUGGAGUGGUCGCGUUUUUUGGAUCGAUCUCGAUUCUCGAGGGUCGCGAGGAAACGGAUAAACAGAUAAAGGCGAGGUUCCUCACCACGUGGGAGGAACGAUUCGAUGAUUAAUCGAGCCGAAUGAUGCCCAAUUGACGAAGACCGCGCAGUCCUAGGAAUGGCCCCGUUCAGUUCCGUCUUCCUGGGCGUCUGGGGAGUGUUCGUGAUCGUCCUUAUACAAGAAUCUAGGCCCGUCAGCUGGGAGGAAUGGUGGACCUAUGACGGUAUUUCCGGUCCCGGGUUCUGGGGUCUCAUCAAUCCGGAUUGGUGGCUGUGCCACAAGGGCAGACGUCAAUCGCCGGUGAACCUGGAGCCGUCCAGGCUCCUCUUCGACCCGAACCUGCAACCCCUUCACGUGGACAAGCACAGGGUGGGCGGUGUGCUGGCAAACACGGGCCACAGCGUGGUGUUCGCCGUGGACAACGACACGCGCCACCCGGUCAACAUAUCUGGCGGCCCGUUGAGUUAUCGGUACCAGUUCCACGAGAUACAUUUGCAUUUUGGAUUGGAUGAUCGGACCGGAAGCGAGCACACCGUGGACGGGCACGCGUUCCCCGCUGAGUUGCAAAUAUUCGGCUUCAACUCGCAACUCUACAACAACUUCUCGGACGCGUUACAACGGGCGCAGGGGAUCGUGGCGUUGUCCCUUCUUCUCCAGGUUGGAGACCUCUCGAAUCCAGAGCUUCGAAUAUUCACCGAGCAGCUGGAUAAAAUCAAAUAUGGAGGCCAGGCGAUGGAGAUUAAACGUUUCGUGGUGCGGGAACUGCUGCCGGACACGAAAUAUUACAUGACGUACGACGGCUCCAUCACGAUGCCAGCCUGCCACGAGACCACCACGUGGAUCAUCCUGAACAAGCCGAUAUACAUCACGAAGCAGCAGCUUCUCGCGUUGCGACAAUUGAUGCAAGGAGACAAGGAUCAUCCGAACGCGCCACUAGGGAAUAAUUUCAGACCGCCGCAGCCGCUUCAUCAUCGUCCCGUUCGAACAAACAUCGACUUCAACGUUCAGGGACCGAAGAACUGUCCGACGAUGAAUAGGGACAUAUACUACAAAGCCAACAGCUGGAAAUAACCCCCUCGGCAAGUUGUGGGGGUGGCUGGAGGUGAACUACGCUUUCCCUGGGUUAAACUGGAGCCACGCAGUUAAGAGGAUAGAAAACCCACUGACAUAUCAAUUAAUGAGCGCGACCAGUGGUCAUCGUAUCGAUCAGAUCGAGCAGAGGCCAUCGUGGCGCGUAUGGUUGAGAGGAAAGAGUGAGAGAGCGAACGAACGAAAGAAAGAGAGAGUACGAGCGAGUGAGAAAAGAAGAGAGGUCAGAAUGUCGAGAGAAAGAGAGAAAGAGAUUAAAAAGAAGAAAAAUGCUUCGUUGUACUAUUAGACGUGAACUGCCAAGUAUGUUUCCAGUAACGAGAAAAAAAAAAAGAAAAAAAAAAAAAAAGAAAA